GUCUACCUCCCUAAAGGAAAUUCUAAAUUUAAACUGCAAUGAAACAUUUUAAAACUCCUCUGAGUGUUGGGAAGUGUUGGUGGUGGACUGGAAAUGCAGGAGACCAGGUGAGGUGGCAAAAAGUUUAAUAAAUAGACGGAAACAUGAGGAAAAAGGUGACCACAGCAGAUGACCUGAAAACCAGACACUGAAAUAGGCUGGAGACAAUUAACUGAAGUGAGGACAGCUGUGGAACAAACAGGCUUUUCCAAGACUUUUUUUGAGUGGAUCAUACUGUUACCAAAUGUUACAGAAGGAUUUUGGGAUCAGGAAAGGGACUGACCUCACCUUAGCCCGCAGAUUGCCAGUAUGACCACAGAGUCCACGCCCACGCUGAGGAGGAGAAUGGGUUCGUGAUGAAAUGAUGCGUGUUCCAGCUGACUCAAGAAAGUUCUGAUUCUCACCAGAUCAGCUGCUCCAACUCCCCUCGCUGCUGCUCACAUUUCUCUCAAAGAACGCCAUCCAAGCUUUGGGCAGCAGGGUAGAAUUCCAGGAAAUUGAAGUGAAUUUUUUCCAGGAAAGACCAAGUGGAAAACAAUCCCACGCUCCCCACCCCCAUCAUUUACUCUUCUGACUCUGUCGCAGAGGCUCUGACUGAUGGGAGACCUAUGAGGGAGUCAGGAUAAGUGUUGGAGAGCUGAAAACUGAAGUGCUUACUCAAAAAAAAAAAAGAUUGUAGAGCUUUGUCUGGAGUUUAUUCCUUCAUCGGAUGUCUUUUACCCCAGUGGAGUUAUUUACUUAAGAUAUAUUCAUCUGUAAUUACUGAAGGCCUUUUUCUUCUCAGCAUCUUGAAGAAACAGGACAUUUUUAGCACUUAGCAUGACGAGAGAAUCAAGAUUCCUGUGCUGGCCCCUGUGGCCUCUGGCCCUUUUCAGUGUGCUCACCACAGUGAAAAUGCUGGAGUUUGGGGGGGCACCUGGCCAGUUUGCAAGAUACGGGCGCUGGGAGGCUGGAUCCAUGGGCGAGCUUAGCUUCAGUCUGAAGACCAACAUCAGCCAAGCGUUGGUGCUGUACUUGGACGACGGUGGGAACUGCGACUUCCUGGAACUGUUAAUUGCGGACGGACGGCUCCAGUUGCGCUUUGCCAUCCACUGUGCCGAGCCAGCCAUCUUGCACAUGGAGACGAGCGUGAAUGACGACCACUGGCACAUGGUCUUACUCACACGAAACUUGCGGGAAACAAUGCUCAUGGUGGACGGCGAGAUGAAAGUGGCCGAGGUCAGGUCGAAGAGGAAGGAGAUGGCUGUGGUCAGCGACCUGUUUGUUGGUGGAAUCCCACCUGAUGUCCGUCUCUCUGCGCUAACGUCCAGCACAGUAAAGUACGAGCCCCCCUUUCAAGGCUUGAUAUCCAACUUGAAGGUGGGAGAGAUGCCUCCCACUUUGCUAAAUAGCCAGGGCAUUCAGAACGACCUGGAGUACCUCUGCACCAAACAGAACCCAUGCUUCAACGGAGGCUUUUGCUCUAUUCAGUUUGGAGAAGUUCACUGCGACUGCUCCCACACACGCUUCAAGGGGAAGUACUGCAAGGAAGCUGAAGAGUAUGCUGUGGAAGGUCUGGCGCACCUGACGUUAAACGACCAAGGUGACUCAUCUCAAGUUGGUAAGGAAGAGUCAGUCGCCACCUUCAAGGGAAACGAGUUCUUUUGCUACGAUCUGUCCAUGACCCCCAUCCAGAGCAGCACCGACGAAAUCACGCUGUCCUUCCGGACGCUGCAACGCAACGGCCUGAUGCUGCACACGGGCAAGUCCGCCGACUACGUCAACCUCUCCCUGAAGAGCGGCGCCGUCUGGCUUGUCAUCAAUCUGGGCUCGGGGGCGUUUGAGGCCCUCGUGGAGCCGGUCAAUGGCAAGUUCAAUGACAACGCCUGGCAUGACGUGCGUGUGACCCGCAACCUGCGCCAGCACGCAGGCAUUGGACACGCUAUGGUGACCAUCUCAGUCGACGGCAUCUUGACCACCACUGGUUACACUCAGGAGGACUACACCAUGUUGGGCUCCGAUGACUUCUUCUAUAUUGGGGGGAGCCCCAACACGGCGGACCUGCCAGGAUCCCCAGUCAGCAACAACUUCAUGGGCUGCCUGAAAGAUGUUGUCUACAAGAACAACGAUUUUAAGCUGGAGCUGUCCCGGCUGGCCAUCGAGCGUGACCCCAAGAUCACCCUGAAUGGAGAUCUUGUGUUCCGUUGUGAGGAUGUGGCCGCUCUGGACCCCGUGACCUUUGAAACCCCAGAGUCCUACAUCUCCUUGCCAAAGUGGAACACCAAAAAGACAGGCUCCAUCUCCUUUGACUUCCGCACCGUGGAGCCCAGCGGCCUUCUGCUGUUCAGCCACGGUCGGCCUCAAGGCCCGAAGGAGCAGAAACCCGGCAGGGAGCUGAAGACCGAUUACUUCGCCAUGGAACUUCUGGAUGGGUAUUUAUACCUGCUGAUCGAUAUGGGCUCUGGGAAAACGAAGCUGAAAGCCAGCAACAAGAAGGUCAAUGACGGGGAAUGGUGCCAUGUGGAUUUCCAGAGGGAAGGGAGGAAAGGAUCUAUCUCGGUGAACAGCCGCAGCAUGCCCUUCAGCUCUCCAGAGGGCAGUGAAAUCCUGGACCUGGACAGUGACAUGUACCUGGGCGGGCUGCCGGAGUCCAAGUCUGAGCUCAUUCUGCCCCCAGAAGUCUGGACGGCGCUCCUUAACUACGGCUACGUCGGCUGUGUCCGUGACCUCUUCAUCGACGGCAAGAGCCGUGACGUCCGCCGUCUGGCUGAGAUCCAGAGCGCCAUGGGUGUCAGCAGCUUCUGCACCCGGGAGCUGCAGAAGAGGUGCAGCAGCGCCCCCUGUGGUAAUGGAGGUCUCUGCAAAGAGGGCUGGAACCGGUACAUCUGUGACUGCACUGGAACCGGCUACCUCGGCACCAACUGUGAGAUAGAGGCAACAGUUCUGAGCUACGACGGCAGCAUGUACCUGAAGAUCAUCGUGCCGGUCACCAUGCACACGGAGGCCGAGGACGUGGCGAUGCGCUUCAUGUCUCAGCGGGCGUACGGCCUGCUCAUGGCCACCACCUCCAAGGAGUCGGCGGACACCCUGCGGCUGGAGCUGGAGGGAGGCCGCGUCAAACUCACCGUCAACCUCGAUUGUAUCAGGAUAGACUGUAGCCUCAGUAAAGGACCUGAGACCUUGUUUGCGGGUCAGAAGCUAAACGACAACGAGUGGCACACGGUGAAGGUGGUGCGGAGAGGCAAGAGCCUGCAGCUCUCUGUGGAUAAUGUCACAGUGGAAGGCCAGAUGACUGGUGCCCACACUCGGCUCGAGUUCCACAACAUUGAGACGGGCAUCAUGACCGAGCGCCGGUUCAUCUCCGUGGUGCCGUCAAACUUCAUCGGCCACCUCCAGGGCUUGACCUUCAACGGCGUCCCGUACUUGGACCAGUGUAAAAACGGGGACAUAUCUUACUGCGAGCUGAACGCCCGCUUCGGCAUGCGUCACAUCAUUGCAGAUCCGGUGACAUUUCGAACGAAGAGUAGCUAUUUAGCGCUGGCCACGCUGCAAGCCUAUGCCUCCAUGCACCUCUUCUUCCAGUUCAAAACCACCACGCCGGAUGGCCUGAUACUCUUCAACUCAGGAGACGGGAGUGACUUUAUAGUCGUGGAACUGGUGAAAGGAUUUGUUCAUUAUGUCUUUGAUCUUGGAAACGGCCCGUCCCUGAUGAAGGGGAACUCGGACAAGCCGCUGAAUGAUAACCAGUGGCACAACGUGGUGGUGUCUCGGGAUGCCAACAACGUGCACACGCUAAAGAUCGACUCACGCACCGUCACUCAGCACUCCAACGGCGCGCGGAACUUGGACCUCAAAGGAGAGCUGUACAUCGGUGGCGUGACGAAGAGCAUGUACAGUAAUCUGCCCAAGCUGAUUGCAUCCCGGGACGGGUACCAGGGGUGUCUGGCCUCUGUGGACCUGAAUGGGAGACUCCCCGACCUGAUUGCAGAUGCCCUCCACAGGGUGGGUCAGGUGGAACGAGGCUGCGACGGACCCAGUACCACCUGUACGGAGGAAUCUUGCUACCAUCAGGGGGUGUGUCUCCAGCAGUGGGAGGGCUUCACCUGCGACUGCUCCAUGACGUCCUACGGAGGCGCAUUUUGCAACGAUCCUGGGACAACGUACAUCUUCGGGCGGGGCGGAGCCCUCAUCACAUACACCUGGCCACCCAAUGACCGGCCGAGCACACGGGCAGACCGGCUGGCAGUGGGCUUCAGCACGCAGCUGAAGGAAGCCAUUCUGGUCAGGGUGGAGAGUGCCAAAGGACUGGGAGAUUACCUGGAGCUGCACAUAGAAAGAGGACGAAUCGGCGUGAUCUUCAACGUGGGAACGGACGACAUCAUCAUCGAGGAGAGCGGGGUGAUGGUGAGCGACGGCAAAUACCAUGUGGUGCGAUUCACACGCAGCGGUGGCAACGCCACGCUACAGGUGGACAACCAGCCAGUCAUUGAGCGCUUCCCCUCAGGGAACCCUGAUUAUGAGCGCCUGGCUAUUGCUAGACAAAGAAUCCCAUACCGACUCGGUCGGGUAGUUGACGAGUGGCUACUCGAAAAAGGUCGCCAGCUGACCAUCUUCAACAGCCAGGCUUUCAUUAAAGUCGGUGGUGGAGACAAGGGGCGCCACUUCCAGGGCCAGGUCUCGGGUCUGUACUACAACGGGCUGCAGGUGCUCAAGCUGGCAGCUGAGGGCGACCCCAACAUCCAGACACAGGGCAACCUGCGGCUGGUGGGCGACGUGCCCUCGGUGCUCACCACCGACACCACCUCCACCACCCCGCUGGCUGACAUGUCCACCACGAUCAUGGAGACAACCACCACAAUGGCCACAACCACCACUCGCAAACAACGCUCGCCCACCAUGAGGGACAGUGUGACACAGAAUGCCGAUGACCUCUUGGUAGCUUCAGCAGAAUGUCCAAGUGAUGAUGAAGAUUUGGAGGAGUGUGAGCCUGGAAAUGGAGGUGAACUAGUGUUGCCCAUUAUUACAGUGGACUCCCUAGACCCCCCAUCUAUUGCCACCCGCUACCCAGUAAUCCCCCCACCUCCCACCACACAUCGCCCUUUCCUCACCCUCCUUGAAACCACCAAAGAGACCCUCCCUCUGCCCAACGGCCGGCCCCCAUGCCCACUGGACCAAGAAGACUGUGAGGAGACCAUUGAGGCGUCGGCCCAUGGCUCAGGGGAGAUGACUGAGACGGACGACGAGGACUACUUUAAAAACUCCCCCUUGGUCACUGAUAGGACUGUCCUUCCUCCUCCCCCAGCAGUAGAGGGUAGUGUCCAGAACCCCCAAGACCGCCACUUUUCCCGCCACCCCAUUUCUCACCGGCCCUCUCUCCCCUCAACCCCCACUAACAACCCUGACCAGCUUAGUCCGCGCAUCAAGGCUGUUGGCGGCGGCAGCAGCAGCAGCAGUAGCAACAACAUCCCUGCUUGGAAAAUAAACACCAGGGACCAAGUGCUGCUGCCGCCAACUCAACCCUCGUCAGAUCCGGGCCACCGCAGAGUCCCAGGAAUAACGUAUCCUCCAAAUUUCCCCCAUGUUCCUACUCCAGACCCCACGUCUCCGGGCGGAAGGCUCCCAGGUGCGGUGGAGGUUCAGCAGUCCAGCAGCACCACAGGAAUGGUGGUUGGCAUCGUGGCCGCCGCGGCUCUUUGUAUCCUCAUCCUGCUCUACGCCAUGUACAAAUACCGCAACCGCGACGAGGGCUCCUACCAGGUGGACCAGAGUCGCAACUACAUCAGCAACUCAGCCACACAGAGCAACGGCGCUCUGGUGAAGGAAAAACAGCCCAGCACUGCCAAGACAGUCACGAAGAACAAGAAGAACAAAGACAAAGAGUACUACGUUUGAGAUAGCACCACCGGCACACAGACAGACCGACAGCAGACACGCUUAGAAAAGGAAAGAAACGAGAGGAAGAGGGGAGGCAGUCCACGGAGCGCUGCUAACAUCACACAGUGGUUAAUGAAGUUCAAGCAGUAUUGACAGAGGAUCAUGUGUUUUAGGAUUGAUUUUAUUAACAAAAAAUGUCAACCAGUGUGCCAACAUCCAUAAAGCUGAUGCCACAGAAAUUGAUGUUUAAAAUCUCACAUCCAGUCGCAAAGUAUCUCCAACAGUUUUUUGUGUCAAAACCUCCUGCUGAGUGAACACAAGAUGCUAAGGCUAACUGACAUGUUAGCAAUCCUCUGGAAAGUAAACAUACUGCCAGUCUAAAGACGUGCGGUGUUAAAACCACGCCCCCCUCGCUCCCAUCUGCAAGUGUUGAAACGUCUGUAGUCGGACCUCUCUUCCCCGCCUGACUGCGCUCCGUUUCUCUCCUUGUCUGCGGUGUCCAGCAGCUGAUGCAACCUAAACUCUGCCGUGUUUUAAGCAUGUAGUAUUCAUUUACGAAAAAGAGUUAACAGUUUGUAUUUCUGUUAAGUUAAAGAAAAUUAAAAAAAAAUAAAAUAAAGAAAAAAAAUACAAAGAUGAUUGAUGAUCAUAACAACGUUAAA